UCUGUCAGGAAAUCCAAGCAAACCAUGCUUCGUCCUUUACUUCAAAGGAGUCACUUUGAUGCUGGACUGUGGGUUAGACAUUGCUCAGAUUCUGAAGUUUCUGCCAUUAUCUGUGGCUCCAAACAAAUCUGAUAAUACUUAUAAAAAAUGGAUUCACAGUGACAAAGAAAAAGACAAAAUAUUGGGAGAUGAACUUCGAGAAGUGGCAGGGUCUGUAUUUGUAGAUGGGUCACUGGAAUUCUGCUCCCCAGAGCUGGGUAUGACGACCCUUUCAGAAGUGGAUGCUAUUCUUUUGUCCAAUCAUAAUACAAUGUUGGCAUUACCAUAUAUAACAGAAUAUUCAGGAUUCAAAGGAACGAUUUAUUGUACAGAACCCACUCUACAAAUAGGAAGGCAGUAUAUGGAGGAACUGGUCACCUAUGUAGAAAGGAAUCCCCAAAAUAAGAAGUGUUCAAAGUGGAAAUCUGAGGGAAUUCUGUCCUCUCUCCCCGCCCCUCUCAGGGAGGCAAUACGACCCACAGCAUGGCGGGAGUGCUACACCAGACACGAUAUACAGACCUGUCUGUCCAAAGUACAGACUGUGGGGUACAAUGAGAAAAGGAACAUAUUUGGAGCUUUGACUAUCACAGCCUGUAGUUCUGGGUACAGCAUUGGCAGUUGUAACUGGACAAUCAAGUCUCCGUACCAAAAGAUCUGUUACAUUUCUGGAACAUCAACUUUGACCACCCACCCCAAACCCAUGGACACAGACCCAUUAAGACAGAGUGACCUGAUUAUUCUUAGUUCUAUGACAAAAACCCCAGGGUAUAACCCUGAUCAGAUGAUUGGUGAAUUCUGUGUCAACACAGUGGUGACAAUAAAGAAUGGGGGUAAUGUCCUUGUGCCUUGUUACCCAUCAGGAAUGACCUUUGACCUUUUUGAAUGUUUAAGCGGCCAUCUUGAUAGCUGUGGAUUAACCACAAUUCCUCUGUACUUCCUGUCUCCUGUGUCAGACAGUUCAUUAGCAUACUCCAAUAUCUACGCAGAAUGGUUAUCAACAUCCAAACAAAACAAAGUCUAUCUUCCUGAGCCCCCAUUUCCUCAUGCAGAGCUUGUAUCAAUAGGAAGACUUAGACAUUAUACAAAUAUACACGAUGGACUACAGAAUGAUUUUAAGUCUCCAUGCAUUGUAUUUGCUGGUCACCCAUCACUGAGAAUGGGAGAUGUUGUACACUUUAUGGAGCUCUGGGGCAAAUCCUCCAGCAACACAAUACUCUUCACUG